CGGUCACGAAUUUCGACUUCAUUCAGUUAGUUAAACACUUACACUCGCAGGGCUAACAUGUAGUCCUGCGCCACCAACACACCAAACAGGAUCAACAGUUUUAUUUUAUUUUUCCUUUUGCUGUGGAUUUUUUAUUAAAUUUAUUUUUGUCAUAUGACUGGUGAAUGGUUUUGUGAAAAAGUGGACAUUCAACAAAAACACAAAUAAUCGUUUUUAACAGUUGUGCAUGAAAGACGGAGAAUUUUUAAGUUUUUCAUUUUUACACAAUAAAAAAACGCAACGUGAAAAGAAUUAACAUUUUUUUUAACAAUUAAUUUUCGGUUAAUAUUUCACAAUACAACUCGACUCAGCUUAUUACACCAGCUUCCUAUGGCUGUCCAGCAGAACUCAACACUCAUCUACGAUAAUUUGGCUGAGUGUCCUUCAUUGCUAAAGGAGCCGGAAGAGUUAAGCCGUUACAGUCCUAUACUGCCACUAAAGAAUCAGAAUAAUGAUAUUAAAACAAAUAUACAGCAGUCCGAUAGCAACAACAAUAACAAAAACAACAACAACAACUUAAACCCUGAAAUUAAAGAUAUUCAUAAAUAUCGAAAAUAUACAAGAAAUCGUCCGCAACGAAAUUAUGCCGCGAGUAGUUGCAGCGCUCAAAGUAGCCGAAGUCGUACGAUAUCGCUGAGUGGUGUUCAUGGUACAGAGAAACAGGGCCACAAGGAGAUACCCAUUUGGAUUGGCGAGGAACCACGUUACGUGUCAGGCGUAAAUAGUCGCACCACCUGCAAUGACAUUAUCAAAGCUUUGAUUGAUGAUGAAAUCCGUAUUGGAAGCAAUCACGAUUACUGUGCCAAUCGCAAUAAAUUUGACGCAGCAUCGCGUGACUACAACGAUUACGUUAUAGCGGAAAGUUGGCGCGGUAUCGAGCGCAGCUACGAUGGCAACAUGGCGAUUUUGCCCGUUUGGAAGGCCUGGAGUCGUGUACACAAUGAGAUCCGUCUAAGUCUCAAACACCAUACAGAAGUCGCUGAGCCCCUACCGCCAAAGCAAACCAAUAACUGGUUUCAGUCAAUACGAAAAUAUCUUGCCUUACUAUUUAAAUUUACGAAACGCAAUAAGAAAAUGCUGCCAGACGUCACAAAUAAACAGCAAAAACAAUUGCUGCCUAUCGAAGAGGAAGAGUCCCCCGAUGAGAUUGUCUUCAUUUUAUUGCCCGAUAAAAAAUACGACAAUUCUGCAGCGCUACCGCAAAUCAGCAAGCCUCUAAGUACCGCUACCGAUACGUCCUUUAAUGAUCCGAACACAAAGGCCGCGAUGAUGAAACGCAAACUCUAUAGCCUCGCUGAGUCGCGUGUUUCCAUGCGCCGUAAAAAACGUUCGAGCAAAACAUCGAAACGGAAAAGUGAAGAAUUUCACGCAAGCCCUCCAGCCAACACUCAGGAUGUGGCAAAUAAUUGUAUACGGCGACGCAAACCUACGUCCAUACGGCAAUCGCUACGUCAUACGCUGGCACAAAAGACUAACGACAUUGAUACGCUCUAUAAACGUGAGUCUGAGCUAACGAAGCGUUUGAAUCAUAAAUGUCAACUUUAUAAGCUGCACAAUGAAUUGUAUUCAAAAUCGGAUCAAAGACUGGAACUCUCCAUUGGGCAAAUACAAAGAAAUGUUGAACAAUAUGCCGAACAGAUCAUACAAACCGAACAUGAAUUGCUCGAGUUGAAGAAUGAAAUCAAACAGGACAUAUCCAUAGUGAAUAACCUCAAACGAAUGACUUUGAGAGCCGAGGAGAAGGCAAACGAAUGUGGAGUUCCGCUGCUGGCUGAGAUGCGUGGUGGAGUGCAGCACGAAGAGCAGCCGAGAAAGGGAGAUAUUAAUGCGGAAAUGCAGUUUGUGGAUAAUAUUUAUGAAUUCUGUGACAACAACGCAAGCAUGUUGGUCUAAUUUGGGGGGAAGAAUUUGGUGAAGACUGAAACAAAUAUUUUCAAUUUUCUUUUAGAUGUCAAUACUUUAUUUUUAAUAUAAUAUUAUCUAAGCAGUUAAGUGUCUAUCAUUGAAUCAUUUCAUUCAAAAUUAAGGUGAACAGUUUAUUAGUUCAGGAGUGUGAUAGUGCCCCUUAAAAGGCAGUGUAUUUGUAUAUGUCAUAUCAUUGAAAUAUAAUUCAACCCGCAAUUCGAAGCCGAUUAAAAGAGCAUUCCUAAAGGCGAUAAAUUUGUGACUUAUCUAGAAAAGAGUUUAACGAUUACUGUCUCAAAAGAAGUUAGAUUUUUGAACGUCUGAUAAAAAAAUGUUUGAUUGCCGCGACAACCCCUUACGCGAUUUUGGCCGAGUUUAACAAAGCGCGCCAGUCAUUUCUUUCUCGUGCUAACCGGCACCAGUUGGGCACACCAAGGAAAGCCAAGUCCUUCUUCACCUAAUCUUUCCUACGCAUACGAGGCCUUCAUCUUCCUCCGCUACCGCCAACUGGUACCGCAUCGAAUACUAUCAAAGCCGGUGCGUUUGUAUCCAUUCGGCCAACGAAGCCAAAGAUUCAGCGAAUUCGCUACACUUUGUCUACAGGUAUGUUGUCGUAAAGCUCGUACAACUCAUCGGUCUAUCACCUGCAGUACUUUGCGUCCCUAACGUACAAAGGUACAAAAAUUUUCCUCCGAAUCUUUCUCUCAAACACGGGACGUCUUAUCGGAUAUUGUCAUCGUCCACGCUUUUGCGCAUACGUUAGAACGGACAUGAUGAGAGCCUUGUAGAGUGUAGUUUUGUUCGUCGAGAGCGGACCUCACUACUCAAUUGCCUACUUAGUCCAAAGUAGCCCUUGUUGGCAAGAGAGGUUCUUCGUUGAAUUCCAAGGCUGGCAUUAUUAUCGGUGUUAACGCUGGUUCCUAGAUAAACGAAGACUCUUACAACCACGAAAUCAUAACUGUCAACAGUGGCGUGGAUGCCGAUAUGCGAGUGAGCCAACUGAUAACAAAUUUACCGAGCGAUAAUCCUCAGUCAAGGUGAUGAAGACACGACUAUUUGGAAUAGUGUUAGACUACCAUAUCAGACAUGAAAAAUGUCUGAAAAACACGAACUUAAUUUUUUAACAUUUUCAAGGCGAUAAAUUCAUAAUACUCAAAGGAUCAGACGACCUUUGCGUCUGAAGUUUAGCAAAAGAUACAAACAAAGAAAUGAGUAAAAUUGUUUGGUGUUUUCAGAAGUCUUAAGGGUGUGCGUUAGUAAACAUCUGAGCUAUCUCAAGUCUAUCAAAAAAUAAGAGAUAACUAAUUUCUUUUUUGGUUUUUGAAGAGAUAAAUUUUUCGGCUAAAAGUUAGAUUUUAAUUUUUAUUCAGUACAUUCGGAAAAGUAAAUCUGCUCAAAGAAACGACGAAAACUCUGCACUACGAUUCAUAGCAGAAUUGCGGUAGGCUUUUCGUAACGAUUUAUCCAUAAAUCUGUGGGCUGGAGUUAUGAAAGACCUCGCAUGGCAACUAGUCAGUGAAACUUCUAAAAAACUAAUCUGCUGAAAGAGACAUGGGACUCCGUGUGGGAAUGACUUUAUGAAGCGUUUGCCAAACUCGUCACAAUUUCUAGCAGCUCACAACUCUUUCGCAAUUAGAAAACUCAUUUCCA